GUGAGCGCGGCGCCCCGGGGCCCCCGCAGCGCCCGAGCCGCCGCCGCCGCCGCCGCCGGCCCCGCAGCGCGCUCCGCGGGCGGCCAUGGCUGCGGGCGGCCGCUGACCGCCGCCCCGUCGAGGACGAACCCUGGCCCGGCGGGCGGCGGCGCGGAGAGAGGCUCCGAGGCGGGUACCGGCACCCGUCCCGCCCGCAGCGCCCCGCGCCCGGAGCCGCCGAGAUUGACUGGGGCGGAGCGGAGCGCGGCGCGGCCGCGGAGCCGGAGCCGGAGCCGGAGCCGGCCGAGGAGGAGGAGUGCGGGCGGCGGGACACCAUGUCCAAGCCGGUGGACCACGUCAAGAGACCGAUGAACGCUUUCAUGGUGUGGUCGCGGGCGCAGCGGCGGAAGAUGGCCCAGGAGAACCCCAAGAUGCACAACUCGGAGAUCAGCAAGCGGCUGGGCGCCGAGUGGAAGCUGCUGAGCGAGGCGGAGAAGCGGCCCUUCAUCGACGAGGCCAAGCGGCUGCGGGCCAUGCACAUGAAGGAGCACCCCGACUACAAGUACCGGCCGCGCCGCAAGCCCAAGACGCUGCUCAAGAAGGACAAGUUCGCCUUCCCCGUGCCCUACGGGCUGGGCGCCGUGGCCGAGCACGAGCCCCCGCACGGGCUGAAGGCGGCGGCGCUGCACGGCGGGGCUGCGGGCGGGCUGGGGCCCGACUCGCUGCUGGGCAACCCCGAGAAGGCGGCCGCCGCCGCCGCCGCCGCCGCCGCGCGCGUCUUCUUCCCGCAGUCGGCCGCCGCCGCGGCCGCCGCCGCCGCCGCCGCCGCCGCGGGCGGCCCCUACUCGCUGCUGGACCUGGGCUCCAAGAUGGCCGAGAUCUCCUCGUCGUCGUCGGCGGGCUCGGCGCUGCCCUACGCCUCCUCGCUGGGCUACCCCGGCGCCGGCGGGGCGGGAGCCUUCCACGGGGCCGCCGCCGCCGCCGCCGCCGCGGCCGCCGCCGCCGGGGGGCACACGCACUCGCACCCGUCCCCCGGCAACCCGGGCUACAUGAUCCCCUGCAACUGCAGCGCCUGGCCCGGGCCCGGGCUGCAGCCUCCGCUGGCCUACAUCCUCCUGCCGGGCAUGGGCAAGCCCCAGCUGGACCCGUACCCCGCGGCCUACGCCGCCGCGCUAUGACCCGCGCUGUGAGCCGCUGCCCCGGGGGGGGAGCGGGCGGGGAGCGGCGGGGCCGCCGCCGACCUGUUGCGCGCCGCCCCGCCUCGAGCUCGUGUGUGUGUUGCAUGCGGAUAGCCGAGCUGAGAGGGAAUGAGAAAAAGGGGAAGAAAAAAAAAAAAGACAAAAAAAAAAAAAAAAAAGACCAAAACAAAAAAAAAACCCCAACCUCCCCCCACCCCCCCUCCCCCCUUCCUUCCCCCUCCCGUCCGUCCCCUCGAAAAGUGCUUCCUCGGGGACGUGGGCUCGGGAAGGGCCGCGCGGGGAUGCGGCGUUCCCCCGGGACGGUUCCCUACGGGGGCAGCGGUUGAGGCGGUGCCGCUCCGCUCCGGGGGUGUCAGCCCGGGACUGUACAUGUGUCAAUGUCUGUGGCAACGUUAGGUCUCGGAUCGGAAAGUCUGUCGCUUCCUUUGCCCACGGUCGAGUCGGUUUGAAGCUGAAGAAAAAGGGAAAGAAAAGAAAAAAAAAAAAA